UUUCGUCAGACUAAGACUAGCAAGUACGGAAGACGUCCCAUUAUGAAACGAGUGUAAUUUACGUAGUGCUUAGGGAGAAAGUGAUGUACUAACAUUCCAAUAAUUAGCAAAAAAACAAAUUUCAUCUUGAAAGAUCACAAUGUUACGGAGAGUCAUUAAUAAUAACAUCAAACGUCUCUUCCAAAUAUCCCUAUGUAACUAUAGACAACCUGGAUCUACAUAUGAACAAGGUCAAUCUCCAGAACCUACAAUAAGAGAAUAUUUCUAUUACAUCGAUCAUCAGGGAAUGCUGUUUCUUGAUGAUGCUCGGAUGAAAAAUUUCACAUCAUGUUUCAAAGGUAAAAAAUUCCUCGAAUUCUUCUUCAAAAGGUUGAGGUUGAAUACUACAGGACGAUACAUGGCAGAAUUUCCAUACCUUUCUCUUUGUGGACGAGAACGUAAUUUCAUACGUUGCGAUGAUUACCCUAUUGUGUUCACUCACGUGAUCAGGGAUAAUACAACCGGACAACCUGAAGAUCGACUAAGCUAUGGACAUGCAGGAGAUUUGCUCAGUGUAAAGUUUGAACCAGAAAGGAUUUUCAUGUUGCCUGAAACGGGACGAGUUUACCAUCCUGCUCUCGAACAUGUGGGAGCUGUUGGGUUGGUAACAUCCAAGUUGGCAAUCGAAUUCAGCAAGUGGUUUGAGUUCGAUGGUAAACAUAAAAUGCCAACUCAUUUCAUUUGGGAUGGUAAAAAAUAUAAAUUGGAAACUGACUGGUAUUAUGAAGCAGCGCGGAAAAGACAUGGCCACUGAAGUGUGGUUAGUGCCAUUCAGCACAUCAUGUAAACAGUUGAGUUUCAGUCUACGAAUCUUCUUUCACUGGAAGCAACAGCAAAGUUACACAAUUAUUUGUUAUGAAGACAAUAAGAACAAGAUUAAAUUAUAAAUGCAUACAAAAUGUCUUUGUUAGUGGAAUUUUUUAAAUUAACUGUAUAUGAUCUAUAUAUAAGAUUAUAUUCUUAUUGUAAACAAUACGAUGUAAUAAAUGGUACACAAUUUUUCCAGUGACA